GACACCCUAUACAAUGUCACCUCGCCACGUGUACCUGAUCCCACGUGCGUACGGACGUGACACGAUGGCAAGGUCAGGCCGUGCGAGGAGGUGCGGGCUCCUACCCGUUAUGCUUCUAUUUAUUGUUGGACAAUCGUGGAUUAUCCUGAUAUCUCUGCCACAUUCCCCUCGACAGCUAGAGGAGGACCAGCGCGACAUCAUAUCUCAGCAACGCAUGGUGGCAGCAAGAUUAGGUGCAAUUGAGGAUGAGAAAUACACGAAGAAACUGGAGCACACUCUCCAAUCCAUCCUCGCUCGUCACAGAGGAAUGGUCGACACUAGCAAAUUCAAGUACAACGUGUCGGCCGGUGACGGGUUGUCUGUACGACGUCCUGUUCCUGAUAAUAGAAAUCCGGAAUGUCACAAAACAAAUUUUCUCUAUGAUACAUCACUCACUGUAUCCGUAGUGACCAUCUUCCACAACGAGGCGCUGUCCACUUUGCUCCGGACCGUCCACAGCGUCAUAGACAGGUCCCCAGAAGAAAACCUGAAGGAAGUGAUCCUCGUAGACGACUUCAGCACUAUGACGUACCUAAAGGACGAGUUAGACAUGUAUUUGUCCCUGGUGCCAAAAGCCAGGGUGAUCCGGAACCGCCAGAGGGCCGGACUGGUCAGGUCGAGGAUGAAUGGGGCCCGCAAUGCCACCGGUGACGUGUUGGUGUUCUUUGACGCUCACAUGGAGUGUAACACGCUACCGGGCUUCGUUGAACAAGCAUUGAAGUCUAAAACGGAACCAUUUGUUACCCCCGUGCUGGUGGGUAACGCCAUCGCCGUACGAAGGGACCACUUCUUUCGGAUCGGGGGCUUCGACGAGGGACUUGACAUUUGGGGAGGGGAACACUUUGAUUUGUCAUUCAAAAACUGGUUGUGUGCUGGGAGAGUGUUGACAGUUCCAUGUUCCAAAGUGGGACAUCUGUUUAAAUUAGGCGUCCAGAGUUACAGUUUUGGUGGCGCCGAUCGAGAUACAGUCAUACUGAAAAAUCUGAUGAGGGUAGCGGAAAUAUGGCUGGAUGAAUAUAAAGAUACCUUCUAUAGAGUUACUGCUGGACGAACGCAGAAUUUCCCCCAAAUAGACAACAAUGCUAUUAUGUCACAGAAAAACUUUCUUAAGUCAUUGCACUGUAAACCAUUCCACUGGUACCUUAAAAACGUACUUCCGGAACAGAAGGUUCCCCCUAUCGACGCCGCCUUCUAUGGGGAGAUAACCAACGGGAAAACUUUAGCCUGUCUUGCUGUCCUAGAUGAUCAUUACAUUGGGAUAACAUAUGCAUGUUUUAAAUAUAGAAUAAUACCUGAAAACUCUUUUACGUUUUCAGAGAAAGGCGAAUUUAAGUUUGAUGAUUAUUGUGUAUUUAUUUCGGAUUCCACACAUUUCCUGAAAAGGAGAAAGUGUGAUGAAACUAAAAAUGUGAUCCCGGGAAAGUGGAAAUUUCAGACGACCUCUCCGACCUCUAAAACGGGAGCUCUCAUGUUUGAAUUCCAUGACAGUGCGCAGACGUUGUGUGUGAGCCACGUGACAGGUGCGAUAUCGGAAGUCCACUUUAAUGAGCAAAUGGCGCAAGCUUUGCCGUGUAAUUACAGUUCCGCCUACCAAAGCUGGUUUUUCAUGUACCGGCUAUCCGAAGUCCCGAAGUUUAAUUGA